AUGAAUUCGAAUGAAGUUUUAUUUUGGAUCAAAAAUCCAGUGUCGAUUGCAGGUGAAAAUAUUAAUGGGAUCUGCUAUCUAAGGUUGAUUGACGACAUUUAGCAAGCCAGUGUUUAACUAAUAUUUGUUGCAAUCGAAUAUUCUAAAAUUUUACAUAAACGAUAAGUAAUGCAUAUUUAUAUAUUUUGA